CCCUCUGCCGGCUGCGGAGACUGAGGUCCGUCUCAUCCACCUGCGUGCUAUUUGCAGCACGGCAGUACAGUGAGCGUGUCCUGACUGCACACCAGGACAGAUGAUAAUUUCACAUUCACCCCACAGAGCCACUACCUCUCCUAACCACCACACUGGUUAAAAGUGUCGCUCUUUACCGGGUUAGGCAGCUUUGAAGCUAGCAAAGUUGCCCAGGAUGGACUCCAAGCGAGAGAAGGACCAAGAUGCAGACCAUGAAAAGAUAACUGCCGUGCUGCUCAAGUCACGUACCGGGGAAUUUGAUCUGGAGUCGAUAUUGUUUCUCAAAUUAAGAAAUCUCGGUAUACAUGAUCUUGGAUGCACUGGGGAAUGUAUAAACCUGGAGAGACUGGACCUCUCUGGAAAUAAUAUCACAAAUUUGGCUCCUUUAGCAUCUCUACGUCUUCUUUCAGUCCUCAAUUUGUCUAACAACAGGGUCUCCAAUUUAGAGCCCCUGCGCACUUGUGACGUUUUACAGAACUUAAAUGUGGCUGGUAAUAUUAUAUCCAGUAUUGAGAACCUACACUGCCUUGUUUCUUUGAGAAAGCUAGAAAAUAUACGUCUGAAAGACAACACAUAUAAUUACACUAAUCCAGUGUGCAGAAACUCUUCAUAUAGAGCGGUAGUUCUCGAGAUGUUCCCCAAUAUCAAAGUCCUGGAUGGUGAAAGAGUUGUUGGGCGUGGAAGCGAUCUGUAUCAGUUAUGCAAGGACAUUGAUGAUACCAUAAAAGCUGGUCUGUACAAGAAUGGACAGCUUGUUGAACAUUCUGAUUGCAAGCCAUGGGUGGAAGAUAGUUACUGGGAGAUAAAGAGAUCUAAUAAUGCCAUUAUUGAAGAAGCCUAUAAGCAAUUUAAUGAUGUUCUUCAUGAAUGCAGACUCCUCAACAACAGAGCCACUCAUGUGAUUUCACAAACUGAAAGAUCCAUGAGCCUGAAGAAGCAACCAAAACAAUAUGCCAUCUGAGCCGGCCUAUUUCGAACACAUUUGUGGGCAACAUUUAUCAACUUCUCUGCUUGUGUGAUAUACCAUGGCUAAUGUACUGUAGAUUUUUGCAGAUUAACCACUCUGUAUCGAAAUGCUUGACAUUUACCAUUGCCUGACACACGUGCGCUGUCUUGCAGUGUGUGGCAUUUGCUGACCUUGUACUCAUCCUAUGCAUUGGGUAUUGGACAAAACAUGUAGGUGGUGUGAAAACCUUUACCCGUACCGACAGCCCUCAGUUUGGUUCAAAGAUGUCUUUUACUUGCACAGUGUGCAUUUUGUACCAUAUUGUAGCCUCCAUUUAUGCUGAGAGCUGCUUUAUGCUGCUUAAGAUUUUCUAUUGGUUUUCAGUAAUUUAUAGCUUUUUUCCAUUUUGCAUUGCUGGAGAAUUCGGGAAGUUAUUGUGUCCCAUGCUGUGUGCUUUCUUUGCAAGUUCAAUUUCUGCAAAAAGAAAAAGGUGAUUUAAUGAUUGCUUCAGCUGUUUCUACUUGUUUUAUACCAUAAAGUUUAUUAUAUGUGCAAUCAAAAUGUGGAAAAUACAGUGCGUAUGAAGCUUUAAUGGUGUACCCCCGCUUUUAUUUUUACUAAUAUAUCUGUAUAUAUUAUACAAAGCAUGUGUGUGAUAUGUAUACAACUCAUACAUAUAUUCAUACAGACCCAUGUUUGCUCACUCUGAACCAAUGAACAUGAUUUUAAAACAUAAAGCAGAAGGUUAUAGCCUGCAGAAGUUGUUCCUCGGCGUGUUAGAAGCGGUCCACUGGCGCCACCUGCAGGCGGUAAUAGUGUUGCAACGCUAAGCACCUGCAGACAUUCACUAUUAUUAUGCUAUUUACAAUAUAGCCCAUAUGAGAAGCUUGCAUUUAGUUUUAGUUUAAUUUAGUCUUUUUUCAUUAUCUUUAUCCUGAAGUUAGAAAAGUAAGAGCCAAGAGAGAUCCUGUCUUUGAGUUUUACAUUCCAUUUGACAUAAGGACGUGAUCAGCAUACACAGGAGAAAUACUUUCAAUACUUUUAGUAGUUCAGUCGAUGCAAUCAUAAGACAGUUAAAAAUAACAGUAAGUUCAGAUUCAGCUUUAUCAUUGGCCGCUUUACAGCACAGUUAUUCGGACUUUUUGAUAGUCAGCAAACACUUUAUGGCUAUCAGCACAUUAUGAAGUUAAAGGAAAUGAAAUGGCACAUAUGACAAAGGCCAGAAAACGUCUUUCAUGUCAGUAGGACAGAGAUAAAGGGCUUAAUACGGCGGAAAUGGAGGAAGGGGGAUAAAAAAAGGCAAUGGGAGUAAGAA